CCCCAAAUCCUCUCCGCCCAAAAAAAAUUUCUCCCCUUUCGCAAAACCGAACGUUAAACUCCUUGUAUCUUCAAAGCUCUACCAUUUCCAAACAUUCACGAUCCGUCUCAACGUUGCCUCCAGAUUCCAUCGUGUGAACAAUGGCGACGUUUGAGCUUUACCGGAGGUCAACGAUCGGCAUGUGCUUGACGGAAACUUUAGACGAGAUGGUUUCAAACGGUACUCUCAGCCCUGAGCUCGCUAUUCAGGUUCUCGUCCAGUUCGAUAAGUCUAUGACUGAAGCCCUGGAAAGUCAAGUGAAGAGCAAGGUUACCAUUAAGGGGCAUCUGCACACUUAUAGAUUCUGCGACAAUGUGUGGACCUUCAUCUUACAGGAUGCUACAUUUAAGAUUGAGGAUGCUUCUGAGACUGUUGGUCGGGUGAAAAUAGUAGCAUGUGAUUCAAAGCUGCUCUCGCAAUGAAAUGUCAAUCAGUGUUGUGUCUGAUGAUGGUGCAAGGGGAUCGUUGACUGAGAUUGAAUAUAUGUUGUAAAGCCAUCAACCUCUAUUGGAUGAAUUUUUCUUGGUACUUCUUUUUGUUUUUCUUUCUGAUAACAUAAUGGACAACGGUGAAAAUUUUAGGACAAAAAGAUGGAACCUCUGUACUUAUGAUAAGAAUGGUUUCUGUUCCCUGUCAACCUAUUUCACCAGCUUGAAUAGGAUAUGGCGGUCUUAGUAUAUUCAUGGAA